AUGGCAAUUCUGUUCGACAGGUUUUUUACAAAUUUGAUCUAUGAUUUCUCGAUAAAUGGGUUUUGGGGAAAGGAAAAGAUCAGACUACCGGAAAGACACGAUGAAAUUAGAAAAUUGAAUAACUGGUUUGAAUUGAAAAAAACUCAAAUAAACAGCGCUGGAACAAUGAUUUCUGACAUUAAAAUCGAAUUGAAAAAGGAACAAUUGAACUUAUUUUCAUUUCGAGCUAUUACCGAAAUUGAUACAAUGAAGGUCUUAGUGAUGCAAGGACCUUUCCAUUUGAUUGAAUACUUAAACAACCUGAAGAAAGUCUGUUUGGCACUCACCACGCCGAACUGAUAUGCAUUUGUAUUAUCCUUUACGAUAAAAAAUCUA